AGUUGACCAAUGGAGGGAGGCAAUCUGGCAGUAGAUGUCAAUCGGAUCUCAAGGAGAUUUCUCGGAGAACCAGAUAAUCACCACUGGAAAACAGCAAUAAAAUCGCAUGAGACGAGAUGAUGGGGAUUGAAGAUUCAAAAGCAUGCCGUUAUUGCUUCCCCUUUCCCGAAUCUUGCUUUCCCUUUGUGCCUUCCCCCUUUGUUCGAUCCGCGUCACGGCUCACUGCCUCUCCGCCAAUUGUUGGAUCGCGCUGUUCGCCUGGAGGUCCUGCUCCAGCUUGUCCCAUCCGCUGCCGAGGUGGAAUUUUGCUGCUGGAUUCGGUGCUCCAGUUUGUUAACUAGGGUUUCUCCGACGGCGAUGGGUUAACUCCACAAGUUUUUCGGGUGUACGAGAUUUUGGGAAUCGCGUGGUAUGAAAGGCGAGGAGGGCGAUAAGAUCAUGGGGCCUCUCUUCCCGAGGCUCCAUGUGAAUGACACCGAUAAAGGGGGUCCGAGGGCGCCUCCGAGGAACAAAAUGGCGCUAUACGAGCAGCUCCGCGUCCCUUCUCAAAGGUUUAACUCGAGCUCCUUUGCCCCGCCAUUUCCUCCUGACCAUUCCAACGAUUUGGUCCCUUCCCUUUCCUCUAGCCAGCAGAGGAAGAUGCUUUCUCCUUUUCAUAUGACCUGUCAAAUGCCGGUUCAUUCUGCAGAGAAGGCUAGAACGUCUGAUGGAAUGAAUCUGGUUGGGAAAAGUAUGGAAUUGGAGAGAAAACCUAUAAAGCAUGUAAGUUCUGAGAAUAUGUUUGGCACAGGAUUAGCUUCUGAAUGUAGAUUACAGAGACACGAAAACUCCAGCAUGAAACAUUCUUGUGAGAAGGUUUUGGAUGAUGCAGAUGAUAUUGUCGUUCAUACCUUUGAUCAGUUGGAAAGUGUUGCAUACUUGAAAAAGGAUACACAUAAGACAACUCCAAAGAUAACUACCUCCAUUUCACACAAGAUACAGAAGAGUCUUACUUCUGGUAAUUCUUCAAGUCGAGGCACAAAUUUGGACCAGAAGCUUUUGGAAGAUACAGAAAUGUCAGGAAUUAGAUCAAGAAGUUGUCAUGAGACUUUUAUUGGAAAUCUUAAAGAAAUUUCACCUAUUGAAAAGACAAAGGAAACCAAAGAAAAGUCUCCAUUCAAUAGAAUCAUCAAUCUGCAAAACAGUUCAAAAAAUUCUUUUGUUAGAACUGGCACAAAUAGUUUUUGUUUUGAAAAUUUUGUGAAUGGAAAAAUGGUAUUAUGUCAAGAAAAUGGUGAUCUAAGCAAUUCUCAUACCUUGAAUGACAUUGCUAUUCCUAUUAGUGAUAAAUCUUUGGAGGCCAAAAGUGAGCUAUUUCCCAAAUUGUCACCUAGAAAAAUCCCUGGAACUAUCAGUUUGUCUAGGAACUGUUUUAAUGAGGACAAUGCAAAGAAAAAUGGGUUACUGGUAUACGGUGAUGCAGAGAAGCAAGAUGAUGCUUAUGAGCCCUCAAUGGCAGACACAGUACCGAGCUUGGAUAUGUCCCCAGAUGAUAUUAUUGCAGUAAUUGGUACAAAGAACUUUUGGAAGGCUCGAACAGCUAUUGCCAAUCAGCAAAGAUUGUUUGGAAUACAAGUGUUUGAGCUUCACAGAUUAAUAAAGGUUCAGAAGUUGAUAGCUGCGUCGCCUCAAUUGCUUCUUGAAGGAAACAAUUAUCUAAGCAAACCCUCAGUAAAAUCUUUGCACAAUGCCAAAGAACCUCAAUGCAACAAAAAUUCACAGCCAGUGGAAUUUAAGAGACAAGAUGAUCUUCGUAAAAUAAAUCAUAAUGUGGAGCAGCCAAUAGAGGUUGGUAUUGCUCCGGUUCUCUCUGUUUGUGUGGAAGGGUCGAAAAGGAGUCCACAAGAUCAAGUGCCACAAAUUGGGCCACACGCUGUUGUGCCUUCAGCCGUGCCAUUUUUUCCUAAUGAAAAGCCAAGUCCUUGGUGUUUUCCUCCUCUAGCAAAUCAAUGGUUAGUUCCAGUUAUGUCACCCUCUGAAGGCCUUGUGUACAAACCCUAUUCCGGACAUUGUCCACCAGCUGGUGGCUUUGUGCCCCAUCUUUCCGGAGGCUGCACUCCCCUUGGAGUCUAUCCUCUGGCUGGGGACUUUAUGAACUCUGCUUAUGGCAUUCCAGUAUCUCAUCAAGCGCCGAACAUGAUUUUGCCUGGACCAUCUGCAAUGGUUCCUCACUAUUUCCCUACUACUUAUGGCCUGCGGCCUUCAAAACCAAUCAUCUCAAGUUCUGCAGUCGAACAGGUUAGCAAUCUGUCUGGUUCGCAUGCAAAUGGGAAGAACAUGUUCCAUCAUUCAAGGAAGGAAGCAAUUCCUGGCAAUCUUGGGAAAUUUCAGGUACUGAAGAACAGCGAACUGCAAGGAAGUACAGUAAGCAAUCCCUCUGAGAAGACGCAUCCUGAAGGUGGAAGCCAAGUCCCUCCCAUUGCUGCAGCUCCAACAGCGAGUAGGGAUAGCCAAACACACGUUAUUAAGGUUGUGCCGCACAACGCUAUGUCUGCUACCGAGUCAGCAGUGAGGAUUUUCCUAUCUAUUCAGAAAGAGAGGCAACAACAUGAAUCGUGAUCAAUAAAGGUGAUUACGCUUAUCCUAAGCACCCUUUCCAUUUCCAGAUUAUAUGAAGAGGAGUAAAUUACGGGAUCAUCUUAUAGCUGACCGUCAAAUAACUAAGAGCCAAUUGAGGAUCCCGUGGAGGCAAUUGUGAUCGUGAUCAAUAAAGGAAUCGAGUUCAGUUUGCUUAUGAACGUGGAUGGUAAUUUAUUGAAGAAGGUUUACAUGUCACUUUGUCAUGCUUCUGAGUUGAUCAUGCUGUCAAACUUAUGCAUAAACACGAUAGUAGUUUACAGGUUUUGGCUUUUAUCUUAUAGGUAUUAUUACUUGUAUAAUUCCAUGUACAUACAUGAAAGUUUCAAUAGUGACUAAUUGUGGUAUCGGGAGAGGUGGAAUGACCUCGGUCACACACAUUUCUACACCGAGGGAUGCAGAAAGGGAAUAGAAGGAAAGAGAAAAGGAGAUCAUUUAUCAUGGUUAAGUUGUUCAGGGAGCCGAGAAAAGAUGAGCCAAUCAUAAAUUGCCCGGGAGUAUUAUCUGUUUUUCUUUAGUCGAAAAUUGGCAAGAGUGAUGUAAAGCUGUUGGAUUCAAGCGAACUGACGCGUGCCGAACUCUAUCCUGAAUCAUGUUUCCUUUUGUUUCCACGCGAGAAAACAUACCCUUUAAAAAGCAGAGAUAAAUUUAGUUCAAUCUAGGAUUUUACUGCCUUAACAAAAUACCUCAAUAAUCUUACAACUAAACUACAGGUUUUAAGAGCGUGUGCUUCAGAAAAAAGACCCAUGAAG